AGAUAAUUAAGCAAUUUUUUAGAAAUUUGUAUGGAUUUAUAAAUAAACUAAAUUUAUUGAAAAAUCAGUGAAUUGUCAAUUGUGUGACCAACUUAAUUAUCUGUCAAAUCAAGACAAAUUAAAAAAAAAGAUCUUUAUAUUAGUCGUCUAAUUACAUAUAUAUGUAUUUUUUUAAAUACAUUUUGUUUUAAAUAAGUCUCCUUUUCAUUGAUAAUUAAUAAUUAUAAAACAAAUAACCACAAAAAAACAUUACUUUAAGAGUGGCAUUACUGAACGUUUCCAUUUUGACGUAUCAGUCAUUUUAAGGUUAUCCAUACGGCCGGAUUGAAAUUAAUUAAAAAAUGCCGUCGGCCGAAGAAGUUAAAUCAAGUUGGGCGGAUGAAGUCGAAUUAGAAGGAGGCUCAUUGCCUCCGCCCACGGAAAUUCGCGAAAACGGUUUUAAAAUCGUCACCGAGUAUAAGUAUAACGAAGACGACAAGAAGGUAAAAAUCGUUAGAACGUACAAGAUCGAAAAACGUAACGUUUCAAAAAGCAUUGCUGUGCGGAAAACGUGGAAAAAGUUCGGGGAAUCCGUUGAUGACAAACCAGGGCCAAAUCCUGCAACUACCAUUGUUGCUGAAGAGGUUUAUAUGCAGUAUGUUACUAGUAAGGAGGAAGAUAAUAAGCAGGACGAAGAAAACGCGAUUGAUAAAUUAAAAGCAAUGGGUGAAAAAACUGUUGUGAAAUGUCGUACAUGUAGUGGUGACCAUUGGACUACAAAAUGUCCUUGGAAAGAUACAGUAUUAGCCGGAGGAAAACCAGAUGAGAAAAAAGGACCAGUUAACACUACAACAACCGCCGAUAGCAAUAAACCUGGUGGUUCCAAGUACGUUCCACCAAAUCUUCGUGAAGGAGCGGUAAAACGUACAGAUAAUUCAAACAUGGCUCGUCGUGAAGAUGCCACAGCAAUUCGAAUUUCAAAUUUGAGUGAAUCAACAACCGAUAUGGAUCUGGAAGAUUUGGUGAAGCCCUUUGGACCUAUUCAGAAACUGUUUUUGGCCAAGGACAAACAAACCGGACAAUGCAAAGGAUUCGCAUACAUUCAUUUCAAAUUUAGGAAUGAUGCAGCUAAAGCAAUUCGUUCUUUACAUGGGCAUGGUUAUGAUCAUCUUAUUUUAACAGUUGAUUGGUCUAAACCACCAAGUCAUCAGAGUUAAUUGUAAUAGUUGGUGGCGAUUUUGGUUUUUGUAAGAAAUCAGUGAAAAAAAUAAAAUAAAUUGAAUUAAAAAAGAAAAAUAAA